AUGGCAACAGUUUGUCAUAGCCAGUUCCAUCACGUGAACAAUCCGAGUCUGUCCGGAGUUCUGUCCGAAACCGCAGGUUCUCAAUGUGAAAUAAGUUCUCCAGUAAAGAUGUCGCAACGACGUCGGUCUACUCGAAUGCUUCCCGACGAAAACGAAGAGCAUGAAGAAGUGGGGCCUUCGCAGCCUGGACGAUCCCAGCUGGUUGAGUUGAACCAUGACGAAUCCUCAGGGGACGAGCACCCUCCUUCGGGUAAAGUGACCACAGCAGAAAAACAUUUGCAGGGUUUAAGUCCCGACGAAGUUGAGCGAAAAGUAAAGGACUUGGUCCGGCUUGCUCUUGCUACGGAACAUCGAAAACAGCCGCUGAAACGCGAUGACAUCAAUAAGAAGGUCCUCAAAGAUCACACAAGAGCAUUUGCUGCCGUAUUUCAAAGAGCCCAGGAAAGAUUACGCCAGACUUUCGGGGUAGAAAUGGUGGAGAUGGCUAGUCGGGAAAGGCGUCAGACCGCUGCCAGUCAAACGAGUAAACGAGCUGCUGUCAUGAAGGGAGAAAAGGCAUCCACUAGAGCAUAUCUUCUUCGCUCCACUCUAUCAGCUGAAGAGCGCUCAAUAGUAAAUUGGGGUGAUCAGCAACCGACGAUGGUUCUGCUCUGUAUAAUACUGGGCAUCAUCUUGGUAAAUGGUCGACGAAUUGACGAAGCUCAUCUUCUGGUCUAUCUGCGGAGGUUGGGCAUCAGAAAAGGGAAGGAACAUUCUGUUUUUGGAUCGAUAGAAGCUGCCCUUACGGAGUAUGUCAAACAAGCGUAUCUGGACCGAGUAAAGGAGCAAGGUGCCGAUGCAGAUACGUACGAAUACAUGUGGGGGCCGCGGGCAAAGAUAGAGCUACCCGAGGCCAAUUUGAUUGAGUUCAUGAGCGGGGUAUAUCCCGACUUGGCCCCUGAAGCAAAACAACGUUUGGGUACGGACAUCAAACGAUUAGCUGGUCCAGCGGAUCAAAGUGCGGCCACUCAGGGAGAUGGUCCAGUGGCCUCACAAUCCUGAAUCUCCCACUCUUCACAGCUCCUUUACCUCCACAUCACCCUGUAUAUAGAUUCUGCUGAAAGAAAACGCGCUAUUUAAAUACCCGCUACGGCUCAUUCGGUGAAGAAACUUUGGGCUGAUUAUUCAAAUUGCGGCAUCAUCGGUUCGCAUGCCCUUUUCAAGGCCCUGAUAUGCGCAUCGAAGUCCUGAACCUUUUUCUUAGAGUCUUCGCAUAUGCGCCUUUAUACGGCAUUAUACAGAUCGUCAAUAUUUUGCUGGGGGGGCCAUGAUAUUGUCGGAUACACCAAGACUGCGAGGAUGUCUAAAGUAGUCUAUUAUUUAGAUUUUACUUUUACGGUGGUAGUAUUGGGGGAUCCGCCUAUUCCACUAUAAAUAGCUGUCCCUAUGAACACAGCAGCUGCUCCAAACCAAUGGCCUAUUGAGAAGUGAUUGUUAAAUAAGAGUAUGGAAAGCAGGAG